GCAGUAAGUCUGUAGGGCCCAGUGCUUCCAGGUGGGAGCGAGGUGACCCUGGCUGCCAAAGAAGGAUAAGGCAGAGUAGUCAUGGGGGCGCACCUGGCCCGGCGCUAUCUGGGGGAUGCCUCGGUGGAGCCUGACCCCCUGCGGAUGCCCAGCUUCCCGCCGGAGUAUGGCUUCCCGGAGCGCAAGGAGCGCGUGAUGGUGGCCACACAGCAGGAGAUGAGCGACGCCCAGCUGACACUGGAGCAGCGUGACUACUGUGCGCACUACCUCAUCCGGCUGCUCAAGUGCAAGCGCGACAGCUUCCCCAACUUCCUGGCCUGCAAGCAUGAGCAACACGACUGGGACUACUGCGAGCACCUGGACUACGUGAAGCGCAUGAAGGAGUUUGAGCGUGAGCGGCGGCUGCUACAGAGGAAGAAGCGGAGGGAUGAAAAGCUAGCCCGGGCAGCCCAGGGCCAGGGAGACGGCGAGGUGGGCCCUGAGGUGGCCCUGUAGGCUUACCCACCAGCCUGUGGACCUAUCAGUGAAAAUAAAAGCCUUGGGCCACCUG